UCGGGCAGUUUACAUGAUAGACCCUAUUAUUUCAUUAGAGUACAUUGAACAAAAACAAUGGCAAAAGGCGAAUCAUGAAAACAUUCAAGACUUAAGUGGAUUCACGCGACCACAAGAAUAUUAUUUUACUACUGCUGCAUGGAUCUCCCCAACAGAGGUGUGUAUCACUUGGCUAAAUCGUUUCCAAAAUCUAUCAGUUGUCUCGAUUUGUAAGAGUCCAUUGUGGAAAUGCCAGGAAAUACAAAAAAUUAUAAGCGAUGACCAUGGUUGGGUGGACACUCCUUCAGAGCCACCAAUAUUUUCAAAUAAUGGAAGUAGCUAUAUAGCUACAGCUCCAGUAAAAGAUGGGCCCUCAGGAUGUUACAGACAUAUUGUAUGGGUAAAUAUUUUGAAACGACAAGUGAUACCACUGACUCACGGCAAAUUAGAAGUCGUGAAAAUACUUGCUUGGGAUCAGACAAAUAAUAUCAU